AUGACCACACGCACGGGCUCGCCUCCUCUCCCUCUCGCCCACGCAAUCCUCGCCGCCGCCACCACCCACGCCAGCCGCUUCCGGCGAGCUCCGGCGCCGCGCAGCACGCCCCUGAGCUCCCCAUCGUCUGCGCUUCCCUCCCCUCCGGCUAGAUUCUCCGCUCCCAGCGUCUACCGCCUGCUCGCAACCCCACCCCCGUGGCUAGGGUUUCGGGUAGGGCUUCGCCGGUGUAUCUCCGGCGGCCCCAGCGGGUCGCACGGGACCUCCUGGCACGUGGAGGCGUCGCCAGACCUGCGCCAGGGCGGCAUGCGACUGAUUCCUGACAUUGGCUUGGGCGGCGGCGUGGGUCGUGCAACGGCCGAUCUCGUCGCUCUAGUCAUCAUGGAGAUCUCUGGACCAGGGGCGGCGACCCCGGUAGGCAUGGCGGUGGCGCACUCGGCUGGCAGCGCUUGA